AUGGAACGCUUAAAGAAAUUUUGGAAUGAUAUUGUUGGCAAUGAAGUUGAUUAUUCUCAAUUUGAAACGAGGAAUGGUGAUACGGAUAUUAUUGUUUUCCGUGAGAAAUCUUCUAAGUUUAUGCUGUUUGGAACCAAUAUUCAUGUCGUACUGGGUGCAACAAUUGCAGCAACAAUUGGUUUAAUGGUGACAAUCACAUUUUGUAUUAUUUAUACAUUUUAUCAUCAACGAGGACAAGGAAGGAAUUACUUCAUCGAUCAUCUUGAACUAGUAGAUUUGAUAUUUGCACUAUUCUUCGGUUUACCUUGCCACUAUUUACUAUUUUACGGGAUUCAUCGAGAAAACAAAAGGUACUUAACACCAUUUCUUAUCUUCUAUUGCACCAAUUUUGUUCUCAAUGUUAUUUUUUCAUCAAUCACCGUUGUUGCAACCAUAAUGGAUGCACGACAAUUACUUCAUGGCCAAGUUUUUUAUGAUUUUGGUUGGAUUGCUUUCCAGCUUGGUUUCACAGUAGCUCAAGGUUUUGCUAUUUAUUUGGUAUUACGAUGUAAAAAAUAUUUGAACGCUAAAGAACAUUGGAAAAAAAUUUCAAAUCAAGGAACAAAUAAUACGGAUCAUUCGAUCAUUGCUGAUGGUGUCGUUGCGGAUUCAUCUGUUCUUGGUAUUUGA